AUGGAUUAUCUUCGAUCAAAACUCUCGAAAAAAAAACGCAAUAAAGCUAAUGAAUCAUCAGCUGGUGGUGCUUGUGCUUCUGUUAUAUCUGAUGAAGAAAACCAAUCAAGCAAUGGAUUAUCUAUUGAAUAUUUUCAAUUGCAAUUACUAUUGGAUUGUUUAAUGAGAGUACAAUAUGGUGCAAAUGAUGAUGAAGAAUUUAUGGCCUUGUGUUAUGAACAAAUAAAAGAUGAUCGAAACGAAUUACAUAUGUUAAGUGAAUUUAAAAAUAAAUAUUCAUCUGAUCGUGCUCUAUGGUGGUAUCUUCAAGAAUGUUUUUUGUAUAAAAUUUUAAAUUAUUCACUUGAAAGUCAAGAUAUUCGUAGUUUAUUUUUAUUUCGACGAAUUCUUCAUGAUAUUGAUCAACAAAUGCAAGAACAUAAAUGUUCAACACCAUUACAUGUUUAUCGAAGUCAAUUAAUGUCAGUUGAAUUACUUGAUAAAUGGAUAAGUUCAAUUGGACAAUGUGUUGUUAUAAAUUCAUUUCUUUCAACAACAAUCAAUUCUGAAGUAGCACUUAAUUUUCUUAAUAGUAGUCAAACAAUAAAAGAUGAUUAUUGUCGAGUAUUAAUCGAAAUUGAUGCUGAUCCUCGCGUAGUUGGCUCAAAACCAUUUGUUCAUAUUGGUUCACUUCAUUCUGAUACUGAUAAAAAUGAAGUACUUUUUAUGUUUGGUUCAAUAUUUUUAAUUAAUAAUAUUACUUGUGGAGAAGAUGGUUUAUAUACUAUUGAAAUGACAUUAUAUAGUGAUAGUGAUCAUGAAUUUAAACAAGUAUUUGAUGAUAUGAAAAAGAAAUAUGGUGAUGGUGAAAUAAGUCUUCUUACAUUUGUCCAAGCAUUGUAUGAUUUAGAUAAAUUUGAUGAAGCUGAAGAAUAUACAAAUCAUUAUCUCGAAGAUUUACCUGCAGAUCAUGAUGAUAAACUUCGAUGUUAUAACUUACUUGGUUCAAUAGCUUUAGCCCAACAAGAUUUUGAAACAAGUCUUAUGUGGUAUAAUCAAGCACUUGAAUUUCAAAUGCGAAAAUUACCUAAAGCCGGUGAUCCAAGAAUUGCUGAUAGUCAUGAAAAUAUCGGUGAUGUUCAUUGGAAAAAAGGUUCAUAUGAUCUUGCACUCAGACAUUAUAUAAAUUCAUUGGAUAUCAAAACACAAGCGCUUCCUCCUCAACAUCCAUCUAUUGCAGCGACUCUUGAAAAUAUUGGUCGCAUUUACGAAUCGAAAAGAGACUUUUCACAAGCACUUGCAUAUUUUGAAAAAGCAAGUUCUAUUUAUCGUCGUGCAUAUUCAGCAAAUCAUGAUAAAGUUGCCCAGAUUGACGAACAUAUUCGACGUAUUACUCAUAGUUCAAAAUAA